AUGGCGUGGACGAACUUUGAAGAUUCUCUCUCUUUGGUUAGCCUAUAUUCAUUCUCUUCUCAUAUAAUGUCAGCAAACUUAUCUUUCAUGUAAUCAGCUCGAAGCUUUUCUUUCAAGAGCACACAAGAAUCCGACCCCAAUACUAAACCUAACCCUAGGACUAGAGGGCCAGAUUUUCAUAAGCACUGGCUGAGGCAUAUAUUUCAGUUCUUUGAACCAGAAACAUAUGGGUUUACUUUUUCAUUCUUUUACCAAAUCCAUCUCAUGCAGGUCUGCGUUCGCCUAUGCCGGUUUCUGCUUGGUUCAAAACUAUGGCGCAAAUCUCUUUGACGCAAUCAAUCCGGAUUCCAAGUUAAAUGGACACAUCUUUGCAGCUUCACAGGCAGUCGGAAGCCUUGGAUCGUUUAGUGCGCUUUACCUCGACAAGAUUGCCACCAAAGGCAGCGUCAGCGUGCUCAUAUAUGUUCUCGGGUCUGCAUCAAUGAGCAUAUUCUGCGUGUGCAUGGCGACUUCUGCCAAGAUCUGGGCAGCAUAUCUCUUCUAUAUUGCCAUUUCCGGAAUCUACCAGGCUCUCGCUUGCCUCGUGAGCGUUCGAUGCUGCAAGCUUCUGUGUAAUGGGCAGUACAUCCUCCUCUUCUCUCUCAGCAAUGUCCUCGGCCUCCUGCUCGAGACUCUGCUUCAGGCUGCCAUCGUAAGCACAGACUUUCUUUUCACUCUCUGUUACUCCUAGGAACGCCUCCUUCUGGGCACAGAUUUCUUGCCAUUUUUAGUCAUUUCGGAAGAAGAAGAAGAAGAAAGUAUCAUUUUCCUAA